AUGUCUCUCGAUUCCCUCCCAGCCUGUGUGAAGAAAUGCCUGCAGGACGCCGCCAAGAGCGCCGGCUGCGGCAUCAACGAUGUCAAAUGCAUCUGCACUAAGGAUGUAUCGACGUCAGACGGAUCGACGCUCAUGAGUUGUGUCAUUUCGUCAUGCGACACAAGUGAUGUUAUCUGUGAGUAUCUCACGUACCACUGCCUCGUUACGGCGAUCACGGCCGGGAGUGACCUGGUGAAGGUUUGCGCCCAAGCCACAGGGACUGCUUCUCCGACUGGCACAACCAACCCGACCGCACUUGCAUCAACUUCAGGCACCACGUCGCCAGCUACAACCAGCGCUACGUCUACCAGUACCUCUACUACUACAAAUAGCGGAAGGCCCGAUGCCGCCGACUCGACAGGCUCGAGCACGGCCCCGACCGCAGGUGCUGGGCCAACGGGCUCGGGAGGGCUCUCCACCGGGGCAAAGGCAGGGAUUGGUGUCGGGGCAGCUGUCGUGGUGAUUCUGCUGAUACUCGGGGCAUAUCUACUGGGAAGGAAGAAGCGACGAGGGGCUGGUGCAGCGGUUCCUGCGCAACAGGGAAGCCCCGAAAGCAAGAUGGACGCCCAGGUGCUAUCAAACGAGAAGCCGCAUCCAGUCACGGAAUUGGAGGGGGCGCGGUGGGUUCCUGAGCUGUCGGAUCAUGGCACACACCAAGUGGUCGAGCUUGAAGCUCACAACCACUACAGCCAACAACCAAGGUAUUAG